GUAUGUUGUUGAUUUUAUGAUCUCUCACUUCUCAUCAGUCUUCUUCAAUCAAAAUUGAUGGGAUACCUUACCUGCAGAGCUGAAUCUGCUGUCUUAACCUCCAAUUCCAACACCAGUACAAGCUCCAUCUCCACCUACUCUGCCCACAAACCCAAGAAGAAGAAUAACAGAGAAGAACCCCUCAAGAUCCAACAAUUCGAGUACAGUGACCUUGAAGAAGCCACCAAUGGUUUCUCAGCGCAGAAACUAUUGGGUAGAGGCAGCCAUGGUUGCGUUUACAAGGGCGUCCUUCGCAGCGGCCGCCUUGUCGCCGUCAAGAAAUCCUCCAGAGGCGGCGGCGGCGUCAUUUCUCGUGCUGCAUCCUCUGCCGACAGCAGCAGCAACGAAGUGGACAACGAGAUUGAUAUCCUCUCCAAAGUCCACGGCCCUCGACUCGUGAACUUAUUGGGCUUCACGAACGACUCGAGAGAUCGUCUUCUGGUUGUCGAAUUCAUGAGUAAUGGAACCCUUUACGAAGUUCUUCACAACAGUUCUCGACCCCCCAAUUGGGGUCGAAGAAUCAGACUAGCCCUUCAGACUGCUGAGGCUAUUGAUACUCUUCACUCCUCCAUUCCUCCUGUAAUUCACAGAGACAUCAAGUCUGCAAAUGUGUUGAUUGAUCGGAAUUUCAAUGCGAGAUUGGGCGAUUUCGGGCUUGCGUUGAGUUGCCACGUUGACAAUUUCCGGCUCCGGUCGACGCCGCCAGCGGGAACAAUUGGCUACCUUGAUCCUGGCUAUGUUACACCGGAUAAUCUGAGCACAAAGACUGAUGUGUUUAGUUUUGGAAUUCUUCUUCUGGAGAUCAUUAGUGGUAGGAAAGCGAUUGAUGUCGGGCAUUCACCACCUUCAAUUAUCGAUUGGGCUAUUCCGUUGAUACGGAAAGGCAAGCUUUUAAGCAUAUAUGAUCCCAGAAUUGCGCCUCCGAAGGAUCCAAUGGUUAGGAAACAAUUGGCAGUGAUUGCAGGCAAGUGUGUGAGGUCUUGCAGAGAGCGCCGGCCUUCAAUGAAGGAGAUAGUGGAGUGCCUUAAUGUUCUCAGUAAGAUGGUGCCUCUUCACUCCUGGAAUAGUUUGUCUGUCAGUAACCCCUGCUUGAUGGUAGAGACAGUAGGACGCCCUGUAGAAUCUGAGAAUACCCAUUCGAAUGCAAGGCCAACGCGUCGAGUGGGAGAGAAUGGAGAUAUGAUGGAUAGCAGAAGUUCUCGGCCAUUGAGGAACUCAAGGAGAGUGUAUUCUGAUCUGGGUCUAGUUUUCAGGAGCAAUUUGAUGGAUCUCAUGGCUGGAACAGAUGGAGACUCCAGCUUCCAGAGGGAAGCCGAUGGUGUAGAACAUUCAUCGACUCCGGCCAUUGAAAGAUUCUUCGGUCCGAGGAGAGUUCGAUCUGUUGGUCCAAAUUAUGAUAGGGAUGGUGUCUGCCAAUUGAGUAGAAACCAAUCUGCUGGAGGAAGAUUAAGGCAGAGGAUUAGUUGUGUCGAUAGCAGGGCAGUUAGUACACAAACAGCUAAGCCCUAACAGUUCCUCAUGGAGAUGAUUAAGGGGUCUCUGCAUCAAUUGUUGCAAUUUUACAAGGGUAUGGCUCAAGCCUGUAAUGGAUCCACUUGCAGAGCACAAUUGGUGUAGAGUAGUAAGUAGUACAUUUAUUUGCUUGUUUCACCUGGAAGACCUUCUGCAAUAUACAUAUGUUAAUUGUAUAUUGAAUUAGGCAUAAAUUUGAAUUGAAGGGCAAAUCUCUCAUGCCCCUCCUACAAUUUGUUGAUCCAUUUUCCGGUUCAUUUUUAUUAAUGCGAAGCUGAUUCAUUUCA